CGGACGCCCGCGCAGCUGCGCAACAACUCCCUGCACUUCCUGCGGGAGCUCAGUCGCCUGCUGCACACCAACGUGGUCUUCAAGCGCGACGCAGCUAGGCCAGCCCAUGGUCUUCCCCUACUACGGCCGCGAGGGAGGAGCUGCGCAAACACCCCAUCAAGCGCGCCGUGGACGGCUGGGCCGCGCCCGGGGCCACUGCCUCGACCGGGUGGAGGCCGCCCUGCUCCCGGGCGGCGGGGCACCGGCCGCCGGCGCCGGGAGCUGGACCCCAUGGACAUCCGCGGAUCCAUCGUCUACCUGGAGAUUGACAACCGGCAGUGUGUCCAGUCGUCCUCACAAUGCUUCCAGAGCGCCACGGACGUAGCCGCCUUCCUGGGCGCCCUCGCCUCGCUGGGCAGCCUCAACAUCCCCUACAAGAUCGAGGCCGUGCAGAGUGAGACCGUGGAGCCGCCCCCGCCCCCGCAGCUGCACUUCAUGUACGUGGCCGUGGCCGCCUUCGUGCUCCUCUUCUUUGUGGGCUGCGGGGUGCUGCUGUCCCGCAAGCGUCGGCGGCAGCAUGGACAGCUCUGGUUCCCGGAGGGCUUCAAGGUGUCAGAGGCCAGCAAGAAGAAACGGCGGGAGCCCCUCGGCGAGGACUCCGUGGGCCUCAAGCCCCUGAAGAACGCGUCGGAUGGUGCUCUCAUGGACGACAGCCAGCACGAGUGGGGUGACGAGGAUCUGGAGACCAAGAAGUUCCGGUUCGAGGAGCCAGUGGUUCUUCCCGACCUGGAUGACCAGGCAGAUCACCGGCAGUGGACCCAGCAGCACCUGGACGCUGCCGACCUGCGUGUGUCCGCCAUGGCCCCCACGCCACCCCAGGGCGAGGCCGACGCCGACAGCAUGGAUGUGAACGUCCGAGGGCCGGACGGCUUCACGCCCCUCAUGAUCGCCUCCUGCAGCGGAGGGGGCCUGGAGACGGGCAACAGCGAGGAGGAGGAGGACGCACCCGCCGUCAUCUCCGACUUCAUCUAUCAGGGCGCCAGUCUGCACAACCAGACGGACCGCACUGGCGAGACCGCCCUGCACCUGGCUGCCCGCUACUCGCGCUCCGACGCGGCCAAGCGCCUGCUGGAAGCCAGCGCCGACGCCAACAUCCAGGACAACAUGGGACGCACCCCGCUGCACGCAGCCGUGUCCGCCGACGCGCAGGGCGUCUUCCAGAUCCUGAUCCGGAACCGAGCCACGGACCUGGACGCGCGCAUGCACGAUGGCACGACGCCGCUGAUCCUGGCCGCCCGCCUGGCGGUGGAGGGCAUGCUGGAAGACCUCGUCAACUCGCAUGCCGACGUCAACGCCGUGGACGACCUGGGCAAGUCCGCGCUGCACUGGGCUGCCGCCGUGAACAACGUGGAGGCGGCUGUCGUGCUCCUGAAGAACGGGGCCAACAAGGACAUGCAGAACAACAAGGAGGAGACGCCCCUGUUCCUGGCCGCUCGGGAGGGCAGCUACGAGACCGCCAAGGUGCUGCUGGACCACUUCGCCAACCGGGACAUCACGGACCACAUGGACCGCCUGCCUCGUGACAUCGCACAGGAGCGCAUGCAUCACGACAUCGUGCGGCUGUUGGACGAGUACAGCCUGGCGCGCAGCCCCCAGCUGCACGGCACGGCCCUGGGCGGCGCGCCCACGCUGUCCCCGCCGCUCUGCUCCCCCGGCAGCUACCUGGGCAACCUCAAGCCCGCCGUGCAGGGCAGAAGGCCGCAAGCCCAGCACCAAGGCCUGGCCUGCGGCGGCAAGGAGGCCAAAGACCUCAAGGCACGCAGGAAGAAGCCCCAGGACGGCAAGGGCUGCCUGCUGACAGCUCGAGUGUGCUGUCCGCCCGUGGACUCCCUCGAGUCGCCGCACGGCUACCUGUCGGACGUUGCCUCGCCGCCGCUCCUGCCUUCUCCGUUCCAGCAGUCCCCGGCCGUGCCCCUCAACCACCUGCCCGGCAUGCCUGACGCCCACCUGGGCGUCGGCCACCUGAGCGUGGCCGCCAAGCCCGAGAUGGCAGGCUGGGCGGGGGGCGGCCGGCUGGCCUUCGAGGCGGGACCCCCGAUGCUCUCCCACCUGCCCGUGGCCUCCAGCACCAGCACGGUCCUGGGCACUGGCGGCGGCGUGAAUUUCAACCGUCGGUGGGGCCGCGGGCUUGAACGCCAGUGCGAGUGGCUGUCCCGGCUGCAGAACGGCCUGGUGCCCAACCAGUACAACCCGCUGCGAGGGAACGUGGCGCGCACCCUGAGCACGCAGGCCCCGGCCCUCCAGCACAGCAUGAUGGGCCCGCUGCACGCCGGCCUGUCCACGGCCGCCCUGUCCCAGAUGAUGAGCUACCAGGCCCUGCCCAGCACGCGCCUGGCCGGCCAGCCUCACCUGGUGCAGACCCAGCAGCUUCCGCAGGUGCAGCCGCCGCAGCAGAACAUUACAGAUGCAGCCGACACCCUCUCUUCAUCAUACCAACCCUGCCAGCCCCAGCCGCCCCAGCCGCACAUAGCGUGGGCCUCGGCCGCGGUGGGCCACGUGGGCCGGAGCUUUCCUGGGCGGGGAGCCGAGCCAGGGCAAGACGUUCAGCCGCUGGGCCCCGGCGGCGCGCUGGCCGUGCACCAUCAAUCUGCGCAGGACAGCCAGGCCCUGCCCGCCCCGCUGGCCACCCCUGACCACCCGGCGCAGUUCCUGACCCCGCCCUCGCCGCAUAGCUACUCCUCAUCGCCCGCGGACAACACACCCAGCCACCAGCUGCCAGGUGCUGAGCACCCCUUCAUUCACCCGUCCCCCGAGUCCCCCGACCAGUGGUCCAGCUCGUCACCGCAUUACGUCUCUGACUGGUCCGAGGGCAUCUCCAGCCCGCCCACCAGCACGCAGUCCCACAUCGCCCACAUUCCAGAGGCGCUCAAGUAAACAGCCGGCGCCCCAGCGGGACCCUGUGCUUCCUUUCCCAAGCCCCGCCGGGGCGCCUGCGUGCGCUCGGCAGACCGGGACUGACCAAAGGGGCUUUUUCUUAAGAAUCGUGUUUUUAUACAAAAUAAAAGGACGAGGAUUUUAAUUUUUUUUUUUUAGUAUUUAUUUAUGUACUUUUAUUUUACGAGGAAACACUGCCUUUUAUUUAUGCGAAAUGUUUUCUAUGUCUCCAGGUAACAAGUUUUGUCUGUUCCGAGAAAAUAAACUAGGUCUCAGUCACGAAUUUCCUACUUAUGACAUUGUGACGUGUUUGUAAACUACAAACAAAGAUUCGUGAUUUAUAAAUGCCACUUAUUAUUGACUUUUUCUUCUUCUUCAAAACCCAAAAAGGAAGGGUGCUGGACAAGGGGGGUUUGGACCAGCAUUGUCCAGAAGGGGGUGUGGGCUGCCGUGGCCCCAGAUGCCCCCGCCCCGCGCCCAGCCCCUCGCACCUGCCCAGGUCCCCUGCCUUGUGUGAGAAGCUGCAUCUCGAGGCAAACGACAGGCAAAACCCCCACACCUUUGGCGCGUGGAUUAAGUUGCAUCUAAAAUAGGAAUGUUGUAAAAUGUAAAUGGUGGUUUCUGUGUUUCGGUGGGUUUUUUUUGUGAUGAUCGCUUUGAAAACAUGCUUUUAAAGAUGUGUCCUUGGGGGCACCAAGAGCACAUUUCAUGGUACCGAUCGUGAAUCUUUGUUUCGGGUUCAGUAUUACAUAGCUGUUCAUUGGUCUUGUGAGUUCCUGUUCCUUCUAGAAGCUCUUCUGCCCCUGGCCUUGAUACUUAAGCCUUGCGUAAGCGAGGAGCCCAGUGGCCGUGGGGUACCCGUCUUGGAUGCCACGUGGAGGAAUCCCACCCUUUUCUGGGGAAAGACACUGCCCCGGCCACCCCAGCAUCUCAGCAUGGACACUUUCUUCCAGGACAAGUGGAAACAGACUAGCAGCACCUGGGGCCCAGACCCAGCUCGCGGGGCCAGACCCCUCACGCCCCAGAUUGACGAGACCCCAGGACAGUCUCUCAAGACUUUGGAGAAACAUGGCUGUGUCCGGCCUCAGUUCCCAGAGACAGAUCAUCCCACGGCCUGGGUGUGUGGCUGAGGCGGUACCCUCGGCAAGGGGGGGGGGGGGCGGCGAUCCUGCCUGAGGGCUACCCCCACCCUGGUCUGGGGGUGGGGAGGAGCACGUGCCCAGGGAAGGAGCAGACACUUGCGAUAUCAAGUAUAAGCCUGUGGCAAACUAAAUGUCUGUAAAUACAUUUUAAAGGUGGAUUUUGUUUAAAAAAUCUGAAUGAACAAGUCUGUCCAGGGUGUCCGGGGUCGUGCUGACAGGGACGUCAGAGCGUGGCUGGGCUCACGACCGGGCCUUGCCACCUGACCCGCGGCUGCCAGGCCCGUAGCUCAUGAGAGCAAACCUGGGAGGGCACCCCGCUGCCCGCCUUGCCCGGCGGGCGUCGGCCUCCUCCAGGCAGCCCCUCCGGCCUCCCGGGGGCAGUGUUGUGCGUCCCUAGCGGGCAUGACCAGACUCGCCCUAGGAUGUUGAUUCUUGCGGGGUUUGGGAAAAAAUAGAGUGUAGUUUACAGCAAAAGGAAACUUUUUAAACAAGUGAUCUACGUGCAAAACUGUAGGUGAUGAAAAGGAUGUAUUUUUUUCUUUCAUCUUCUUUUGUUAACCGAUUUGCAAUAAAAGGAAUGCUGACGGUCAUCCGGAUUUUGCCAAA